AUGCACAUCAUGGACCUGCAAUCACGCGUCGAACAGCUCGCAGGAGAGAACCGCUCUCUUCAAGAGGCGAGAGCCCAAGCCGAGGAAGAAAUUCAAACCGCCCAGUACCAGCGCCAGGUCGACACUCAAGUCAUGACCGAGGCUGUAGAAGCACGUGACCGCUCGAUUCGCGAGAAAGAUAUCGAGAUUGCGCAGAUCCAGGACACCCUUCGCGCGUUACAACAAGAGGUCUCCCGACUCACUGAAGCACACGACAGUCUCACUGUAACCAACAAAAACCUCAUCGACGAAAGCAAUUCUCGCUUCGCACAGCUCCAGAGCGAAGGCCAGCAGAUGCACGAUCAAUGGCAACAGUCUUCCCGAGAGCUAGAGGAAGCGCGCGCACAGCAUGCCCAGCUCAGUUCUGGCAUGGAAGAAGUCGUGCGCCACGAAAUCGCACUCGCGCUGGAUGAUCGUAAUGCGGAAAUCGCCCGCCUUAACGAAGAGCUUGAUACUGCAAGGGAGCAGAUCAGGAGCUUGCAACGACAAAUACUUGCCUCAAAGCAGGGCGACAGUUUCCUCGUCGUUCGGGACGAGGAUUACUUCGACAGCGCAUGCCAAAAACUCUGCCAACACGUUCAGCAAUGGGUGCUGAGAUUCUCAAAGUUCUCCGACCAGAAACAAUGCAAGCUGUCCUCCGAGCUCAACAACGAAAAGAUCGAAACCCGACUAGACAAUGCCACUUUGGAUGGUUCCAAUGUUGACAUACUGCUUGCAGACCGUGUCAAGCGCCGCGAUGUGUUCAUGUCGGUCGUCAUGACCAUGAUCUGGGAGUAUGUAUUCACGCGUUACUUGUUCGGCAUGGACCGUGAACAGCGCCAGAAACUCAAAUCACUGGAAAAGACUUUGAAUGAAGUUGGUCCUACUCGAGCGGUGGCUCAAUGGCGAGCAAUUACUCUUACGCUACUUGCCAAACGAGAUGUGUUCCAACAGCAGCGUAGCCAAGAUACUGAAGCAGUCGUUCAGGAAAUCUUCGGCACGCUCGCAUCUCUCUUGCCACCUCCAUCACAUCUUCAGUCACAGAUCCAGGAAUCUCUACGCAACGUAAUGCGCCUGGCUGUGGAGCUUUCCAUCGAGAUGCGAACCCAGAGGGCGGAGUACAUCAUGCUACCGCCACUUCAACCAGAGUACGACACGAACGGAGAUCUCGUGGCUAAAGUCACUUUCAACGCAUCCCUCAUGAACGAGCGGAGCGGCGAAAUCAAAUCAAAUGAUGAUCUCGAGGCGCGAGGAGCAGUUGUCAAAAUUGUCCUGUUCCCAUUAGUGGUGAAGAAGGGAGAUGAUUACGGAGAGGGCGAGGACGAGAUUGUGGUCUGUCCUGCGCAAGUGUUAGUCGCGAAGCCGGCGACGAACAAGAAGGUCGUGAGGGUAAUGAGUGGUGCUAUGGAUAUUGAUAGUCGACAUAGUCGGUCUGCGCAGAGCUUGGUUCCAGAAAGCAUGGAUACCGGUAAUUUCGUAUAG